UAUGUCGAUAAUCAUAUAACUUUGUCUCUGUGCCUGUCGGGAUCAUACAUAACAAAUCUUUUCUUAUAAAAAAAAACUUCUAAGCACUUAUUAUAACCCGUAAAUUUCCGGUGAACAAAACCACGGCGGCCGGCGGUUGAGAAAACAAUUACAAAUGAAACCAUCAUCAGAAACCAAACUAGAAUCAAUGACAAAAACAUGUAACGAUACAAAAAUGAAAAAUAAUAAUAAUAAAAAAGAAACAACAGGAAAACAAAGAAAGAUGUUGUUAGGAUUAGGGUUUUGGAUACAAGGAUUUAGAUGUUUUCCAUGGACGGCUGUGAUCUUCUUUUUAAAAGACGGUUUACGUGUCGAUCCAUCAACUAUGCAAAUUCUGCAGAAUUCUGCAAAUCUGCCCAUGGUUGCCAAACCGUUUUAUGGACUUAUGUCUGAUAGUUUUUAUUUCUUUGGACAGCAUCGGAUUCCGUAUAUCGCCUUUGGAGCUAUGUUACAAGCUAUAUCAUGGUUUGCCAUUGCAUCUUUACCCUCUUCGACCAUUUCGUUUUUCACAAUAACCAUGUAUCUCCUCGUUGGAAACCUUGGGGCUUCAGUAGUUGAGGUUGCAAAUGAUGCUCUUGUUGCAGAAUGUGGAAAACAGCCUAAUAACAGUUCAGAUCUCGCAUCCUUUACAUGGGUGGCUGGAUCUAUUGGCGGUGUUCUGGGAAACCUGCUAGGUGGUGUUUCUAUUGAUCGAUUUUCUCCAAGAGCGAUGUUUUUGUUCUUUGGAAUCCUGCUGGUUGUUCAGUUCUUUAUCACCAUAUCUGUAAGUGAGAAAUCCCUCGACUUACCAAAGAACACCUCUACACAUGGGAUCAGAAGCCAGCUUUCAGACCUUUUGACAGUACUAAGAAAACCUAAGAUUUAUCAGCCAAUCUUAUGGUUUGCAGCUUCGUUUGCCAUAAUUCCAGCCUUGACCGGCACCAUGUUCUACUAUCAAACACAACAUCUAAAGAUUGAAUCAUCAGUUCUAGGGAUAUCAAAGGUGUUUGGUCAGGUAGCUAUGUUGUUAUGGGGUGUUGUAUAUAAUCAACGUUUAAAGUCUGUUCCUCCACGAAAACUGAUUUCUAUUAUUCAAGGGACAAUGGCUGUUCUAAUGGUAUCAGAUGCUUUAUUUGUGAGUGGGUUUUAUCGAACAAUGGGUAUACCAGACUCAAUGUACAUUGUGCUUAUUUCUGGAUUUCUUGAAGUCCUAUAUUUCUUCAAGAUUCUACCUUUUAGUAUUCUAAUGGCAAAGUUAUGCCCACCGGGUUGUGAAGGAUCUUUAAUGGCGUUUGUCAUGUCUUCUAUCGCAUUGGCGUUUAUUGUAAGUGGAUACCUAGGUGUUGCACUUGCCUCAUAUGUUGAGGUCACAGACAACAAUUUCUCUGGUUUUCAGAAAGGGCUUCUAAUACAGGCAGUAUGCACUGUUCUGCCUCUUUUUUGGUCUUCAUAUAUCCCAGAGGCCCCAAAAAUCGAAAAAGAGAAGAAAAAAGAGUAGAGAAGUAGACUCGGUGCUCAAAUGAGGGGAAUGGAAGUUUAUCUCCUGGAAGUUCAUUGAUCAAAGCCCAUUUGUUCCUUGUGUGCAUAUAUAUCUAGAGAUGGUGUACUUAAGUUUAUCACAUGGCUCUCAGCCUUUCUGGAGGUAAAGCUUGAGGGUCCUACUGACAUCUAUCUAUAGAGACAUCUUGUUUAUGUGUACAUAGAAAACACAAGAUACACAAGCAGCCCGGGCCUGAUAUUCUGGUUUGGAACAUGGUGGCCUUACUAUGGGCGAGUUGUAGACAACCUAGCCUGAGGAUUUGUUUCUAGAGUGCACCUGUUAUACAUAUUUAUUUACAUCUACACAUCAUUAUUUCUCUGUUUUCACAACGAUUUUGUCUUUAAUUAUAUUUAUUUACAGUAAUUGUUUGACGAUAUAUUAUUACAUAUGGUUUUUAGGUUUGUUUUUAAUCA